CCCGGCAGCAGUUGGGGAAGUGCAGCACUGCCAGACAGAGGGUCGCUGAUGUUUUUUCAGGCUGAGUUAUUGUCUGCUCGAAUAAAUGUUCAGUUUACCAGGCAAACCUGAUCAGCAUAAACCAGGAGUUAGAGUGUCGGGUCCAUAUGGCUAUGUAUGAUGAGAACAUUCUGAAGAAUCCCUUUUACCUGGCAUUGGAGAAACAGAGGCCAGAUCUGUGCAGCAGAGUGGCAGAACUGCAUGGCAUUAUCUUGGUUCCAUGUCGUGGGAGUUUAUCAGCUGGUUCAUACACAGGAGCAAAACUUGAGAGCUAUAUUCUCCUCCCUGCAGAACAGGGCUACCAGACAGCUGAUGGGAAGGAGGUGUCCAUAGAGAAUAACCAAGUGCACUUGGGCUCAGGUUUUUUGAACUGUGGCUUUGUGUCAAUUUUGUUUGAGGAAACCUUCUACAAUGAGAAGGAGCAAGCCUACAGUAUCCUGUGCAUCUCUCGGCCCGUUGACUGCGAGCCGAGCCCAGUGGAGCUGAGCCCUGUCCCUGCUCUCUACUGCCUGAAGAAUGUGGAGGAGGCGAAGGAAUUUCUGGGCCGCCAUGCUGAGAAACUGGAUAAGUUCAUUGCUGCAUUUUGUAACUCUUUCAAAGAGCAGGAAAGGAAGGGUCUCCGCUAUCACAUAGAUACUGUACAUGGACUGUACACAAAGUGUCUUCAGUGUUUGCUUAGAGAUUCCCGUCUGAAGAUGCUGACUAAGCAGGAGCUUCAGAUGACUCUUCUCAAACAAGCAGUGGAGAUGUACAUACAUCAUGGUAUCCAUGAUUUUCUCUUUAGUUACGUGGGAACUCUUGAAGCAAGCCAGGAUGCUGCAUUCAAUAAAACCGCAAGAGGACUGCAGGAUCUGCAGCAGAAAGAUCUUGGUGUUAAGUCAGAAUUCAGUAUAAAUAUUCCUCGUGCAAAGAGGGAAUUAAAUCAGCUCAACCGCUGCACAUCCCCUCAGCAGAAACUGCUGUGCCUCAGGAAGGUCACCCUCACCAUUAUGCAGUCGCCCAGCCGCACAGUUACCUUGGAGGCAGUAUGUGCAGAUGAUCUUCUUUCAGUUAUUCUCUAUCUGCUGGUGAAAACAGAGAUUCCGAAUUGGAUGGCAAAUCUUAGUUACAUAAAACACUUCCAUUUCUGCAACUCUGCCAAGGAUGACCUGAGUUACUGCCUGACCUCAUUUGAAGCUGCUGUGGAGUACAUCAGCCAAGGCAACCUCAGUCAAGAUCCCACAGGAUCAGGGGAGCUAAAAGACAAGCUGUUCUUCAGGCAGAAAAUGAACCUUCUUUCUCAGAAUUCUUCUACGCCCAUAGACUGUUUAUUUGAGCACAUAGCGAAUGGCAAUGAGGCAGAGGUGCAGCGCUUGCUGAGUGAAGGUGAGAGUGAAGAAGACAGAAAGAAAAUGUGCCACCCACUCUGCUCCUGUGAUGCAUGUGACCUUCGUGUGUCUGGGAGACUCAAUGACCCUUCCAUAGUCACUCCGUAUUCCCGGGAUGACCGUGGCUACACUCCUCUUCAUGUUGCUGCUAUAUGUGGUCAGUCUAUGUUGAUUGACCUCUUGGUGUCAAAGGGAGCUCCAGUGAAUGCCACAGACUACCACGGCCUCACACCCCUGCAUCUCUCCUGCCAGAAGGGCUACCAGGGAGUCACACUGCUGCUGUUGCACUAUAAGGCGAACACAGAAGCUCAGGACAACAAUGGAAACACUCCUUUGCACCUGGCCUGCAUGUAUGGCCACGAGGAUUGUGUGAAGGCGCUCGUUUACUAUGACUUGCACAUGUGCCGACUGAACGUGCAGAAUGAUAAGGGUGACACAGCCCUGCACAUUGCAGCACGCUGGGGUUACGAGGGUAUCAUAGAAUCUCUGCUGGAGAACGGUGCCUCCACUCUCAUACACAACAAGGCCAAUCAGACACCUCUGCACUGCGCACUCAACUCUAAGAUUCUGUCCUUACUGGAGCGCACACACAAUGGGUAUAGUAAAAAGGAGAACAGUUUUGAGUCUCCCAGCCAUUCCCCACAGCCCUCUGAUUGCAGCAGUCGACGAUCCUCUGUAUCCAGUACUUGCUCUUUUCUCUCUGUGGAGACCCGUCCAGAAAGUGACAAUGCCCGCCACAAGGAGGUGGAGAAGCUACUGCGGGCAGUGGCAGACAGAGAUGUUGAAAUGGUGCGCUACCUGUUGGAGUGGGCAGAUGAGGAGCCAGAGGAAGAUGAGAAAGCUGAGAUACCUGAUAAGACAGAAUUGUGCCACCCUUUGUGCCAGUGUCCAAACUGCGAACCUACGCAAAAGAAAUUAUCUGCUCUCCAACCGGAUGGGCUGGGUGUGAACAGUAGCAGCGUGGAUGGUUUUACUCCACUGCAUGUGGCAGCACUGCACGGACACACAGCGUUAGUCUCUUUGCUUAUUCGCCAUGGAGCAAACAUUAAUGCCCGUAACGGCCAGAGUGCCACCCCCCUCCACCUGGCCUGCCAGAACAGCCACAUACAGGUGGUGACCUCUCUUGUGGAAUGCAAUGCCAAGCUUAAUAAAAGAGAUCAGUUUGGGAACACUCCUCUGAUCCAAGCCUGUCUAAAGGGACAUGUGCAGACAGUGGCAGUCCUCAUUGAGAGUGGUGCUUCAGUAAACCUGGCUAAUAACCAGGGCAACACAGCCAUUCAUGAAGCUGUGAGGGGGGGGCACCAGGCUCUGGUGGAGCUCUUGCUGCAGGCCGGGGCCUUUACGCACCUCAGAAACAAGAGGCAAAGGACCCCCCUCGACUGUGCUCAGGAGAUUGCCAGCAAGAACACUGGGAUUUUGAAGAUUCUACAGAAAGCUUGUGUCCCCACUCCUGAAGCUGAUCUAGUUAAACAGCUCUGCAUGCCAGGCAAAACACCCUUACUUGUCCAGAGGAUGAAGCCACACAAGGCCCCUGACAGGCGACGGCGCGAGAGAGACCCGUUUUCACACAGGAAACAACAGAUGAAGAAAUCAUUUCCACAAGAUGAAACAUUUGCCUCCACAGACUUUCCAAGCAAGGCUUCAGAUGGUCAGAGUGAUAGGAGGCGUCUACAGAGAGGAGAGACAGUCGACGGUUGUGGCCCAUUCACCCAUUCUCCUGAACAGGCCUACACAUCCUGCCAGCAGGGCCCACAAAACCAGGCCAAAAGCCUUACCCGCUGCCACACCAUCCAUCAGGAUCUGGCCCACAGCACGCCGCAUGUGCUGGAGCACACAGACUGCACCUCCUCUACAGGCAAGAUUGUUGAUGGUGGUGUUAAUGGUCCUGGAGACCCCUCUGGCUUUAGUGUGCCCUCUCCUAUCUCCUCACCUGAACUUGAGCAGGUUAAUGGGGAGUCUGUGGAGAUCGGGCUGGCGUGCACAGAGGAAGAAGAGGAGCUGCAGCACAUCAGGAAGAACUCGGAUACUGCUUUCACAGAGAUGGAUAGUGUUGUGCUCUGAGGACCCUCUGAGACUUCUCUUCAGAAUGGACACACCUGAUGUUACAUCAAGAUCACAUGAGACCUUUGCAUUCAGCUGUGCUUUUGGAACACCUAACUUCAGCAUGGGUUUGCUUUAGUCAGUGUUAUUUAAACUCAUCCCAACAGCCUUCUGCUGACUGCAACAGCUGUUUUAGCUCAGACUUUAUAAAAGCUGAACUGUCUUCUAAAAGCUCGCGAUUUAAGGUCAUUCAGUUCAGGUGAAUGUGAAAUGGAGCCAACAACAGACUGUUGGAGGUUUAGGGGAAUGGAUGUAGGAACUCUUGAUUCUGCUGGCUUAGUAUUUUUGUCACAUAAAGGGAGAUUGGAAGCCUAGCUAUUGUGACUUGUAUAGCUAAUUUGGAUUGAAUGUGGACUCAAAAUCAAAAGUGUAGCAUGAAAUAAAACAUACUGAAGGAAGACUGUACGUUGCAAUGAUACUGAAAUAGCUUUUUAGAAUUUAUUUAACCUGCAAUUUCAUUUUACCAGCACUUUUAUCUUUUGGAAAAUCAUAUCAGAGCAUCAUAAAAAAGGGAUGGUUAGGCAUAACCUCUACUGUUUUUUUUUGUCAUUUAAUUUUAGUCAAAGCUCACAUGUUCUAGUUUAUUAUUCCAUUGUUUGAUAGUAAAUUAUCAAACCACUUGUAUUUAAGUUUAAACAGCUUAGGUAAAACUUGUAGAAGCUUGAAACUGACCUUGUGUGGUUGUGAGUCACUGAAAAUGACUUUGUUACUCGUUUCCCACAGAUCUAGUAACUUAAUUUCUUUUAGCCAUUCCUUAGAUUUCAGCUUUUUCCCAACUCUGACUUCUAAUUGGAUUUUCCUUACAACAUAGUUAUUUUGAAUGACUGUGGAAUGUAGAAUUAAAAAAAAUUAUUGAAGGUGUAGAUUCCAUGAGCUUUCUUUAUUCUUCAUGGUCUUGAUUGAGUUAAAUGUUGAAAUGAUGACCCUCAUUUAUGCAUCUAGACACAAUACAUACAAAAUGUACAGGAAACUGUUCUGGACCACUGUUGUAUUUUAGACAUGCACUUUAACUAUGACAAAGCUUACUAUGUUCACCUAGUCUUAAAAGGUAAUUAUAAAAUAGUUCACCCAUAAGAUUUUGGUGUAGUUUUAUGCUUCCUUCUGAUGCACAGUAAUCCUGACCCUGGACGUAAGAAUGGUUACAAGUGUUUCUCAGAUUAAGGUCUGAUGUGGAUUACAGAAACAGGCUCUUGUGGUUUAAAGCAGUAGAUGUCAAGAAUUCAUUUGCCACAGAAUGUAACUCAAAUUUGGUUUCUUGGGUUGUUUCUAAUUAAAUUGCUGCAUAACCAGUCCGAAAAAAUAGUAAUUAUUUUUGUAUGUCAGUUAAAAUUUUAUUUUAUGUAAAAAUGCAGUGAAUGUGCCUUAUUUGUGUCAAAAUAACCUAUAAUAAACCCAUAAAUCAAAUGGAUGUGAACAAUGA